AUGGCAUCGCCCAUGAGGAGCCUGCUCACCGACCCCGCCAGAUACCUCCAGUCUUUCCGCCUCUUCCUCGCAAACUCGACCGAGCACCAGAGCAUGCGGGAGUUCAUGGAGCGGCAGCUGCCGGCCGUGGUAGCGAGUGUUGGAAAUGGGAAGUCUACAAUCAAUAUCCUAAGUGUUGGUGGUGGAGCAGGUGAGAUUGACCUGCUGAUCCUCUCCAAAGUACAAGCCAGAUAUCCAGGGGUUGCCAUCAACAACGAUGUGGUAGAGCCCAGUGCUGACCAAAUCUCCAAGUACAAAGAGCGUGUGGCUGGGACAUCAAACCUCGAGAACGUGAAGUUUACCUGGCAUGAGGAGACAGCUUAUGAAUAUGAAAGUCGAAUGAAUGCAGAAAAGAAGCCUAAAAAAUGGGACUUUAUUCACAUGAUCCAGAUGCUGUAUUAUGUGAAAGAUGUCCCAGCUACUAUCCGGUAUUUCCACAGCCUCCUGGAAGGGCAGGCAAAGCUCCUCAUUAUCCUGGUGUCAGAAACCAGUGGCUGGGAAACGCUGUGGAAGAAGUUUGGGUCUUCCCUCCCUUUAGAUGAUCUCUGCUCUUACGUUUCCUCUGCUAACAUCAAAAGGAUACUGGAUUCAGCCGGGAUGAAGUACCAGCUCCACGAGCUCCCAUCCCACAUGGACAUAACGAGCUGCUUUAUUGAAGGCAACAAGGAUGGGGAGCUGUUGCUGGAUUUCCUGACAGAAACUUAUGAGUUUUCUAAAACUGCUCCUUCUGAACUAAAGCGUCAGGUAAUGGAAGAGUUACAAAAGCCUGGAUGCAGCAAAAAAAGAGAUGGGAAGGUGCUUUUUAAUAACAACCUGAGUGUAAUAGUGAUUGACCCAUGA